GAAAUGCUUCGGCCUCGCACUGUUCGACCGCUAUCGCGCGGAAUAUCGCAGGCCUCAUCAGGACUCACAAAAUCAACAAGAUGCAGCGGUAGGAGAGGACUGGCAACGGCCGUUGCGGAGGAGAAAGAUCCCGUCGAACUCGACCAAAUCACCACACUACCAAAUGGAAUCCGUGUUGCGACCGAAGCUCUGCCAGGGCACUUCUCUGGCAUAGGAGUGUAUGUCGAUGCCGGUUCAAGAUACGAAAACGAUGCGUUGCGUGGAGUUAGUCACAUCAUCGACCGGUUGGCGUUCAAGUCAACGCGGAAUACAACCGGUGACCAGAUGGUGGAGAAGAUGGAAUCAUUAGGAGGAAACAUACAAUGCGCCUCUUCCAGAGAGUCUCUGAUGUACCAGUCCGCAACAUUCAAUUCCUCCGUAGCCACCACCGUCGCCCUCCUCGCUGAGACGAUCCGCGAUCCGCUCAUAACUGAAGAAGAAGUGCAGCAGCAAUUGGAGACGGCCGACUACGAGAUUGGCGAGAUAUGGAGCAAGCCAGAGCUGAUAUUGCCUGAACUCGUACACAUGGCAGCAUACAAGGACAACACACUGGGCAACCCAUUGCUCUGCCCCAAAGAGCGAUUACCCUACAUCGAUCGUAACGUCGUCGAAGCAUACCGCAAGGAAUUCUACAAGCCCGACCGGAUAGUCGUCGCCUUUGCCGGCGUGGACCACAACGAAGCAGUCCGCCUGUCAGAGCAAUACUUUGGCGACAUGGCAAAGGGCCAAGGACCAGCACUCGGAGAAGACACCUCAGCAUCGCGCUCCGCCCCCCAACAAAUCUUCACAGCAGACCACCCUACGCCCACUGGCGCACCACCCCAAACCUCCAAACUCCUCUCCAAGAUCCCCUUUUUCAAAAACCUCUCCACAUCCGCCACAUCCAACGCCUCCGUAAACUCCUCCUUCGACCUCAACUUCCCCCCAAUCGACACCUACCCCCUCCCCAUCUCCUCGCCCGACAUCUACGCGCUCGCGACCCUCCAAACCCUCCUCGGCGGCGGCGGCUCCUUCUCCGCCGGCGGGCCAGGCAAAGGCAUGUACUCGCGCCUCUACACCAACGUGCUCAACCAACACGGCUGGGUCGAGUCCUGCAUGGCCUUCAACCACAGCUACACGGACUCUGGGCUCUUCGGCAUCGCCGCGAGCUGCGCGCCCAGCCACGUCGCGCAGAUGCUCGAGGUCAUGUGUCGUGAGCUGAAAUCGCUCGGCGACGAGACCGGGUAUGCGAUGCUCAAGGCUGGCGAGGUCCAGCGCGCGAAAAAUCAGCUCCGCAGUUCGUUGCUGAUGAAUCUUGAGAGUCGCAUGGUGGAGCUGGAGGAUUUGGGCAGGCAGGUGCAGGUUCACGGCAGGAAGGUUGGGGUCAGGGAGAUGUGUAGGAAGAUCGAGGCUGUAACGGUUGAGGAUCUGCGCAGGGUUGCGAGACAUGUGUUUGGCGGGGAGGUGAGGAAUGUUGGAGAGGGGAGUGGGGCGCCGACGGUGGUGUUGCAGGAAGGUGAGAUGGAGGGACUUAAGCGCAGGGAUUUCACGUGGGAUGAUAUACAGACCAGGAUUGCGCGGUGGAAGUUGGGGAGGAGGUAGAUAGGAUCAACAAUAGAUGAAGUGUACGAUAUCAGCGGCGAUGUAAACAUAACAUUAG